GCUAUAAGGCCGGGGAAGGAGGAGCCGCUACUGCUCCCAGACCCAGACCAGGAUGAAGACAGUCCUGCUGCUCCUCACGGCCCUGGCUGUGGCCAUGGGUCCAGCCCAGGCACUCCGCUGUCAUGUGUGCAACAGCUCGACCAACUGCAAGGAACCCCAGUCCUGCCCGGCCAGCUCCAAAUUUUGCAGGACCAUCACCACAGUGGAGCCUCUGUCGGGAAACCUGAUCAGGAAGGACUGUGCCGACUGGUGCACCCCCAGCAGCAUCCAGCCGGGCCAGGUGAGCAGCGGCAGCGUCACCACCGAGUGCUGCCAGGGUGACCUGUGCAACAACGCGUUGUCCGCCGGCGCCCCGCGCACCAGCUCCUCCCUGGGCCCCGUGCUGGGCCUGGGGCUCCUGCUCCUCAUCCUGGGCCCUCGCCUGUGACUCUCCCGGGAAGGACCCGCGCCCCUGCCCCUCCUGCUCCCCGGGUUCCCCUAGCCUCCUCCAUGGCCAUGAAGGGAGUGCUGGAUGCUGAGGCUGGGCCUGACCUCCCGGUGGGCACGGAGGGCGGAUGACCCAGGGCCAGAAGAGGUGGGCGGCUGCACAGUAGCAGUAUGGAAGGCAGAAAACAGACCCAGCUCCCGUCCCUUCUGAUUUUGUACUCCUUUAUUUUUCUACUCAAACCUCUGCAUGAAAAUAAAUGAUUUA